AUGAGAUCUUUAGCUUUUGAAAAAGUAUGCCCUCUAGUUUACUGCCUUUUUUUGUACGUUCACCUACUUUCAUCACAAAACUACUUUCCACAUUUUGCUUCUGCUAGUUCAACUACUGAAGUAGAGGCUCUUCUCAAAUGGAAAGCCAGAUUUCUAAAUCAAACCUCCCAUAAUAACCAGCUCAAGGAUUGGAUUUACCUUCCCAAGACUUCUAAUACAAAUGCCACCAAUUCUUCCAGCAACCCCAAGGUAAACGAAAGCCCAUGCAUUUGGGCUGGUAUUUCAUGCAAUGCUGCUGGAAGUGUCACCAACAUAACCAUUGCCAGUUUCGGUAUACAAGGUACGCUACAUGAAUUCUCAUUCUUGUCCUUCCCCAAUCUCGAAUAUCUUGAUAUCAGCGUCAAUAAUUUCUUUGAUGUCAUCCCACCUCAAAUCAGUUCCCUUUCAAAACUCCUUCAUCUUGACCUCUCUAAUAACCAAUUCUCCGGGAGAAUUCCACCAGAAAUUGGUCUUCUUAGAAAUCUUACAUUUCUCUAUCUCCACAAAAAUAAUCUUUCUGAUGUUAUUCCUCCUUCGCUAGGGAAUUUGAAAUCGCUAGUGAAUCUAUCAAUGAGUUAUAAUCUACUCAAUGGUUCAAUUCCAGCAUCACUUAGUGAUCUCAUAAACAUUAACAGGCUCUACCUCGGCCAAAAUAACCUCUAUGGCAACAUUCCAAAAGAGUUAGGGAACCUGAAAUCAUUGGUCGAUCUAGAGUUGAGCACCAAUCAACUCAGUGGUUUAAUUCCGACAACAUUGGGUGAUCUGACCAACCUUACCACUCUCUAUCUCCAUACAAAUGACCUCUCUGGCACCAUUCCAAAAGAGUUAGGGAACCUGAAAUCUUUGGUGGAUCUAGAGUUGAGCACCAAUCAACUUAGUGGUUCAAUUCCGAAAACAUUGGGUGAUCUGACCAACCUUACCACUCUCUAUCUGCAUUCAAAUAAUCUCUCUGGCACCAUUCCAAAAGAGUUAGGGAAUUUGAAAUCCUUGGUGGAUCUAGGGUUGAGCACCAAUCAACUUAGUGGUUCAAUUCCGAAAACAUUGGGUGAUCUGACCAACCUUACCACUCUCUAUCUUAAUUCAAAUAAUCUCUCUGGCACCAUUCCAAAAGAGUUAGGGAAUUUGAAAUCCUUGGUGUCUCUAAUGUUGAGCACCAAUCAAUUCAGUGGUUCAAUUCCAACAACAUUCGCUGACUUGCAAUCCUUGGAAGUCCUUUUCCUUCGUGACAACCAACUUUCUGGCUCUAUCCCUCAAAAUAUAGGAAAUAUCCAGAAGUUGACAAAAUUGCACUUGGGUAUAAACCAAUUUUCUGGCUAUUUGCCACAAAACAUUUGUCGAGGUGGAUCACUCACAAACUUUUCAGCAGAAAGCAACAAUCUAAUUGGUCCAAUCUUAGAAAGCUUGAAAACCUGCACGAGCUUAAUCAGAGUCCAUCUUGAAGGGAACCAAUUGACAGGUAACAUCUCAGAACACUUCGGUGUUUAUCCGAAUCUGAAUUUUAUAGACUUGAGUCGCAAUAAAUUUUAUGGUGAACUCUCACAAAAUUGGGGACUGUGCCCAAAUUUUGCAACUCUACGAAUAGCCGGAAACAACCUUACUGGUUCUAUACCACCUGAGAUCGGAGAAGCAACCCAAAUUCAUGUGCUAGAUCUUUCUUCAAAUCGUUUGGUCGGGACGAUUCCGAAGGAGUUUGGGAGAUUGACUUCAAUGGUGAAGCUGAUAUUGGAUGGCAACCAACUUUCAGGUCGUGUCCCUUUAGAGUUAAAAUCAUUUACUGAUCUAGAAUAUCUUGAUCUAUCAACAAACAAUUUCAAUGAUUCAAUUCCAAGCUUUGUGGGUGACUUUGUCAAGUUAUAUUACUUGAAUUUGAGCAACAACAUGUUCGGUCAAGCCCACUUCCCAACAUCAAAGCAUUUCAAGCUGCUCCUCGAGAAGCAUUACAAGGGAACAAAGGCUUGUGUGGCAACACAACAUUUUUGCAACCCUGCACUUCUAGCCAAAAAAAGGACCCUAAACUCAUACUUUUGA